ACACAGGAGAAGGCAAUUCCCCCGGAGCCAUGGAUUACCAAAAAAACCAAACGACAGAAGCGGCAAAGAGGGACGAUUAUGGCUACAAUCAACGUCUUCGUCAAAGUGAUCCAAGAGAAUUUUACAGCAGAGAUGGCUAUUCCUGGCUCUCUUGCUUUCCGGACUUUUGCGGCCCAAUUUGAGCAGCAGAUGAAUAUUUUCUAUGCCAACAUUCCUGGGUACCAGAAAGUAAUUGUGAUUCGUCUGAGCAACGGUAGCAUCAACGUGGACCACCAAGUGAUUCUGCAGGUGCCUUUCUCCAAAUUCAAUGCCUCCUACAAUGCAGCUGUGGACAAAAUCCAGACUAAGCUGCACAGCAAGGAGCAAGUUUGGUCCUCCGAGAUCAAAGGGAAGCUGUGUUUCAACUCGAGUGAUUCUGUGGUGAUUGAAGUGCCUCUCAGUCCUCAAGACUUGUCCAAAAUCUGCAGAAAUGACUCUGUGAUCAAGCAAGAGCUGCAGCCGUAUUACCUGGCCCGAAACAUUAGCAACCAGUUGCAGUGCGUCUCCAACUGCAGCUUUUUCCACCAGGAUCCCUUCCGCUGUGACAAGGGAAGCUGCUACAUCCAGGCAGAUGGGCCGAACUGCUACUGCCAGCAGUCGGACGCCUACUGGUACACUGGCCGACACUGUGAUCAGAGCGUCAGCAAGGUUGGGGUGGCCGUGGGGGUGGCCCUGGGCCUGGCAGUCCUGCUAUUCCUCAUCCUGCUCCUGGCCGCCCUCCUCUGCUGGCAGUGCAGACGCCGAAGGAAAGACCACAGGCAGUUGUAUUUGAACCCCAAUGAGGAGAAAUGGUACGAGAAUGAUUCGGAUUGGGUGGCCAGGCCUCAGGGCCUCCCCCCACAGAGCCCCCCAGCCCAGCAACAGCGGCCAGCCCCUUCUGCCAGCACCAGCAGGGAAGAUGCCUGCCCCACACCCACCCAGGGCAGCUUCGGGCCUCAGCUCGACCAAGUGGACAUCUCCCUCCAGGCACAGAUUGCUCGGCCCCAGAUAACCCGGCUCUGAAGACGCCUUGGAAGCCAAAGUUGGACCAAGGCAGCUUUGAUGGGCUGCUCGUCCCAAGGGUCCUGGCCCACCCCUGACCUGCGGACUGGGGCGCCUUGGAACAGCCCCUGAGGCUGUGGGGGGAGAAGGAGCCUCAGUGUGACUCCUGGACGUCUGGAUGCUGAAGUGUAAGCCGC